AUGGAGUACUCAGGUGCAAUAACACCGACCGACAGACGCAUGGCGAGACCCCAAGAUACGGCUUUAGCCCGAUUCUAUGGCCUUCCUAAGGUGCACAAGGACGGCGCUCCUCUCCGAACCACCGUGUCGCUCAAAGGGACUCCAACGUACGGACCGGCUAAGUGGCUGUUCCGGCGUCUCAAUUUCCUGACCGCUGAGUCAGACACCACGGUCUCUUCGUCAGUACAAUUCCUGGAGAAACUCAAAGGGGUAAGCAUCCAUCCAACUGAGGUCAUGGUAUCUUUUGAUGUUACAUCCCUUUUUACUUCCAUUCCCCAGGACCUGGCGAUCGAGACAAUUAAGCUGCUACUACAAAGCAAAUACGAUGAAACGGAGAACCGUCUUGGACACGCCCAAAUCCUUCAACUCCUGAAUCUCUGUCUCAGGACGUACUUCACGUUCAACGGGACAAUCUACGAACAUGUGAAGGGCACACCGGUGGGUUCGCCGAUUUCGGGAUUCAUCGCCGAGGCGGUCCUGCAACGGUUAGAAUCGCUGGUCUUCCAAAACCACAGACCGAAUUUCUGGGCCCGGUAUGUGGAUGACACCUUCGUCGUCAUCGAACGGGAUCAGGUGUUGACAUUCCAAGAACAUCUCAACGCCG